AUGUUUCACCAAAGCAACGCUCCCACCCACACCACCUUACUGUCGGGAACUCAACUUAGCCAGUCUGCUAGCGGGCCUCCACGAGGAUUAACGAAUGGGCAAUCUACUGGCCGGCCCCUUGUUAACCUCGAGAAUGGUCGGGCAAGUCUUCAGGACAACAAUGGACCAGGAAAUAUGCUGGUGAACGGUCAUGCAGCAGGGGUUAUAGCCUCGUCCGAGGCCAAUAAUGAAUCAUUUGAACCCCAGAACAACUCUCGAGCUCGGACAGAGAACCACCAAACCUUCGCUCACCGACCAAAGGUAUCGAUGACAAGGUCAAAGACCAACUAUGAGUCAGAAAAUACUUCCCCAACGAGGGAAACAAGCGUGGAAGAGCAUGGCGAACUCCGACACGGUUGGGAAGAUGAAUACAACUCCAGCGAAUUCCUUGGGCAUCUCAAUUCGACUUUCUACAUGUACUUCACCGAUAAACGACAUGAGAGUGGUGGAAAGCCGAAAGACAACGAGAGGAUCAAACCCCUAGAGGACUGGCGUCAUAGAGAGCGUUCAAAAACAGUGUCCGCUGCUCUGAUUUUAUGUCUCAACAUUGGGGUGGACCCUCCAGAUGUUUACAAAACGCAACCCACAGCUGUCGAGGAGUGCUGGACAAAUCCUAUAUCACAGACGCAGCCUGCAAGCAAGAUGAUGGAGAUCAUUGGGAAGAAGCUUCAAGAUCAGUACGAAGGUAUGAGUAUGAAAACCAGAUACAAGCAGUACCUGGAUCCAUCCGUUGAAGAGACCAAAAAGUUUUGCACUUCGCUACGACGUAACGCAAAAGAGGAACGGGUUCUGUUCCACUACAACGGCCAUGGAGUCCCUUUGCCCACACCAUCUGGCGAGUUCUGGGUUUUCAACAAGGACUACACCCAAUAUAUCCCAGUAUCAAUGUAUGACUUGCAAGCGUGGCUCGGGGGGCCCGUCAUCUACAUUUAUGACUGUUCGCAUGCCGGUAAUAUCAUUGCGAACUUCGACCGCUUCGUCGAAAAGCAUGAAGCAGAAAAUGCGGAAGCCAGAGCACGAGAUCCAAACGCACAACUGCAGAAUUACUCGAACAACAUCCAGCUGGCAGCCUGUCAGAAAACAGAGACGCUGCCGACAAACCCCGAUCUUCCUAAUGAUCUCUUCACUGCUUGUCUCACUAACCCUAUCAUCAUGUCCAUGACUUAUCAUGUUCUGGAGAAUCCACUGCCUAUUGGACUCAAUGUCAAAGACGUGCGGAGGGUUCCCGGACGCGCGGCGGAGCGAAGGAGUCCAAUAGGGGAGCUCAACUGGAUAUUAACUGCCAUUACUGACACAAUUGCAUGGAAUGUGCUCCCAAGGCCUCUCUUCAGGCAACUUUUCCGUCAGGAUCUCAUGGUGGCAGCACUCUUCCGAAAUUUCCUUGUUGCUCAACGGAUAAUGAGGUCUUACGGAUGUCAUCCGAUGUCCAUGCCUGAGAUACCUUCGACGCACGACCAUCCUUUGUGGGAAGCAUGGGACUUGGCGAUCGAGAUGGUCUUAUCCCAACUCGACCCAAUGUUGAAAGCUGAGACAGGUGGUGAACCAUAUGAGUAUCAACACUCUUCUUUCUUCACCGAGCAACUAACGGCCUUCGACGUUUACCUUCAGCAAGGGGCUCCCAAACAGCAAGCUCCAACCCAACUACCUAUUGUGCUCCAAGUGCUACUUAGCCAGGUCCAUCGGCUUAGAGCCUUGAUUCUUCUAAGUAAGUUUCUGGACCUCGGCCCUUGGGCCGUCAACCUCGCACUUACGAUUGGAAUCUUCCCUUACGUGGUCAAACUCCUUCAAUCUCCAGCACACGAGCUUAAAGCCAUCAUGAUCUUCAUCUGGGCGCGCAUAGUUGCCGUAGAUGCAAAAGCUGUUCAGGCAGACCUACUCAAAGACAGUGGGUACCAGUACUUCACCAAAAUCCUCCUCCCGGAGACAGGAAUCCCAGUGGCCAACGCGACUGAACAUAAGGCUAUGUCUGCCUUCGUCAUCGCGAUGUUCUGCCGGGCAUUUCCUCAAGGUCAACAAGUGUGCCUGUCCCCAGAUCUGAUUGAUGCCUGCAUUGGUUAUCUCCAAGACCCGGAGAACCCUUUGCUUCGUCAAUGGUCUUGUCUAUGUAUUAGUAUGCUUUGGAAGGAUUUCCCCGAGGCAAAAUGGGUUGGCAUCCGAUGCUUCGCACACCAUCGUCUUUGUGCGCUCGUGAUCGAUCCGGUACCAGAAGUGAGGGCAGCAGCUGUGCACGCGCUGACGAACUUUCUUGGAAUUCCUGAUCUCACUGAGCAGGUAGCGCAAAAUGAAGAGACCAUAGCUUCGGCUUUGAUGUCCAUGACUACAGAUGGUAACGCUAUGGUACGGAAAGAACUGCUUGUGUUCUUUUCUACAUUUGUCAAGAGAUACCAGAAUAAGUUCCUCGUUGCAGCCUAUGAGAAUCUGGUGGAGGAGAGAGAUAAACUCAUGUACUCUGGAUACGACAACGGAACCAAAGCCAACGGCACAGGUCAGGAUGAUCUGGAGAAUGCUCAAAGUUCGAUGAUCUCACGUAACAGUGUUCAAAACUCGAUGUGGCUACAUGUACUCGUACUGUCCGUUGAUGGCCACCCAGAAGUCGCCCAGGCGGCGAGCAUCAUCGUUGAUCAUGUCCACGAGACGCUGGUAAAUUCACCUCUCGCACCUCACGCUCUGCGUGUUAUCGACAACAUCCUUGGACUCAUGCAACGAUCAGCUGGUCACUCUCGGCAGUCCUCAGCAGCACCGACUAGUCAAGCAUCGCAUCCAACGGCCCCGGCAGGGCCCCAGAACCCGCACAAGAGUGAAGGCUACCUAUCUACAGGACUCAGGCGCAAUGCGAGUGUGGCGGCUGCCUUGAAGUACCUCGGUCUCGCUGGCUCAGGCUCGACGGACAACCUGCCAUCUUCUUCGGAGACUGCUCAUCAGACUGCCCAACAGAAACGAAUGGUAGGUCCUGUGCGUCCAGGUAUACCUGCAGAGUGGAGCACUCCGCCCAAUCAAAACGAUGCCACAUCGACAUCGGCGAAGUAUCAGCGAGCGAAGGUCCCAUUACCAAAAGGCUUUAAGAAACAUGAUCCUAACGAGCCGGCGACGUUACCACUGGAAAGUGUCUUCUUCGAGUGGUCCAUCGAGUACUUCCGUGAACCGCAAAUGAAGCCCAACGAGCCUGAUGAGCCAGGCAGCGAUGAUUACAAUUCUCGAUUAUGGAGGAGAGUCCGCAACGAGAAGACACUUGCAAUGACCCAACCGCUAAAAGGAGUCGCGAGUAGCAGCCCUUGGGAUACGCCCAAUGGUUUUUUCAACAAUGGAAGUCAGCCUACGAAGAUGUGUUUCCAUCAAUUUGAGGACCAUCUUGCCAUCGCCGACGACCGUGAUAGCAUAUGUAUCUGGAAUUGGCAGCAGAGUAGCCGAUUGAAUCGAUUUUCGAAUGGCAAUCCAAAGGGAUCACGCAUUAAUGAAGCUCGCUUCAUCAAUGAAGAUGAUCAAGCUCUAAUGAUGACUGGCUCUUCAGACGGCGUCAUCAAAGUCUUCCGAAACUACGAAUCAGAGGACGUCGAAUUGGUCUCUGCCUUCCGUGCACUCACGGACCUUCUUCCAAGUAACAAGAAUGCCGGACUUGUUCUGGACUGGCAACAAGGCCAAGGCAAGCUAUUAGUGGCAGGAGACGUUAAAGUCAUCAGAGUGUGGAACGCUGCAACAGAGAUCUGCACCAAUGACAUCCCUGCCCGCUCCGGUUCCUGCAUAACCUCCCUAACGUCGGACCAAGUCGCUGGCAAUGUUUUCUGCGCCGGCUACGGCGACGGCGCUAUCCGCAUCUUCGAUACCCGCCAAAAGCCUGCUCUAGCCAUGGUCCGAUGUUGGCGAAAGCACAAGCAGUGGAUCACCAACGUGCAUAUGCAACGUGGUGGUUUUAGGGAGCUGAUCAGCGGAUCGAGGAAUGGAGAGGUGAAGCUGUGGGAUAUUCGGAAGGAUGACCCGAUUAGCGAGAUUACGGCCACAAGUGACACAAUGAGGACGUUGAGUGUCCAUGAGCAUGCACCGGUUUUUGCUACUGGCUCAGACACCCACGCACUCACCCUCUUCAACGUCAACGGCGCAAGCAUCAAUACCAUCCAACCAUACACUCCCUUCCUCACAUCGGCAAAGACCAGCCCAAUCGCUUGUACAUCGUUCCACCCCCACCGUAUGAUGCUCGCGGUGGGUAGUCUUGGACACGGACACGUCAACAUAUACACUUGCGUUGGGAAGGCCGCUGGACAUGAUCGACCUUGA